CAGUGGCAUUGGUCCAUUGGAUCCACUGAACCAAUUCUCCACCACACUUGUUCUUCUGCGUUGAUCAACCGACUUUGAAGAACAGAUGGGUGUGGACCCAACUCUGUUUUUGUCCUGUUAAGUCUGAAACCCAAAUCGUCGCUUCGCUGUCUUGUAUCCUUGACUUUGAUCCACUUCCUUACCAGCUAAGAAAAAGUAUUUCCCAGUAUUUAUAGUCCACUCUCAAAUCUCUAUCUUUCUCACAAACACAAACACAAAAACAUGGAGGAGCCUCUGCUCUCAUCAGUCUCAGAACAAAGAAGUGAAGCGGCAACAGAGAAAGAAGGUGAAAAAUGGAGCUCGUACCAGUACGUGGGAAGAACAGGCUCUGUGAUUCCUACUGCUUCGUUGGCCGGCACUGAAGUCAGCGUUGAAGAGAUUCGAACGGCGGGUUCUUUUUCCGAUCAUUACCCGCCUUCCAUUCAUGCCGCUUUGGUUAGUUCGCCUGAGCCCGAUCCCAAUGUGCAAGCUAUUGUUUAUCAAGGUGGAUAUGGAGGAGAAUAUGGUGGAACUGGAGCCACCACUGAUUUCCAGAGGCAAUUAUUGGAUGAAGUAGAGAUACGAGAAUUGCUCAUUGAUCAUGUUGGUCAUCGUUGCUGCUGGGGAAGUCGUCCAGCUCGGACGUGGAAGAUUCAUACGGUUGAAGACUGCAAUGUUUAUGUAGGAACUCUAGAUACGUUUAUAGAGGAAAGGGAACUUAUAACAGAAACAGAGGCCUACCUCGGUGGAAAUAUUGAUGGAAAGGAUACUGGACCUGAACUUGGAAUCUGGGAAUUGGAUUUAAGGUCUCAGUUCCCUCUCCUAUUUACAUCUUACGAAGAAUCACGGGCAAAAAUUCCCCAUUCUGAAACCAUUGAGAAAUGCUCAGGAUGUGAUGGACGGGGAAAUAUUGUCUGUCCUACAUGCAAUGCAAGCCAAGAACCUGGAUUUUUUAAGGAAAAUCAGAUGACUGAAUGCCCUGCUUGUUAUGGAAGAGGUUUAAUUGCCCAUAGAGAUGGAUCAGACACAAAAUGUGUGAAAUGUAAUGGCAAGGGAAAGAUUCCCUGUGCAACUUGUGCAUCUCGUGGACUAAUUAAAUGUGAGACAUGUAAUGCAAGUGGUUCUCUUCGGUCGCACAAGGUCGCCAUUGUUCGAUGGAAGACACUUUCAACUCGAAAAGUUAGUGCAACAAGUGGAGCAGCAUCAGUUCCUGACGAAGUUUUCCACAGAGCCAAAGGUGUCCAGUUGUGCAACACUCAGGCAUAUCAAUGCACUCCUGCCUUUUUUGCUGACUCUUUCUCCCUCAACAAGUUUUCUUCUGAAGUUAUUGCGGAGAGAGCACCUGUACCUCCCUCUGCAAGAGUCAUAUGUGAGAGGCAUACCAUCUCUGUUGUGCCAGUUACGCGUGUCACCAUGUCUCAUCGCAAUCGAUCCUUCACUUUCUAUAUUAUUGGCUUUAGCAGGGAGGUCUACUUGAAGGACUAUUAUCCUUCUAGGUUUUGUUGGGGGCUAUGUCCUUGCUUGGAAUGGUUGAAGCUGUAAUUAGGCAAAUUUCCAUCUUCAAGAGAGUUCUGUGAUCUUUGCUUCCUUUGCCAGGCAAUAAGUUGUUGGAUUCUACCUUUAUGAUUUUGGGGACCAUAAUUUUCUUUUGUCAGUAAAUAUUUGGUUUGCUUUGAUGCACUUGUGUGUUAAGCUAAAAUAUAUCAUGGGGUUUCUAUUAUUUUGGGCUUUGUUCAUAUGUUCUUGACCAAGCGUGCUGAAUGUUUUUUUCUUUUUCUUUUUGAUAAUCUUGUUGUAAAGGAGAACAGGUAAUGCCUACUGAGUUACAAGGCUGUGCGGAAUGUUGUUUAAGCAAAAUGAAAGUUGAAAUUCUUUGCAUAAA